CAGAGCUUUAAAGCAGCCACGGCGCUCACGGCAAGUCAGUGAGCAGACCUCGUCCACACAUCAUGACACGACUAACUUUCUUCUUCGCAUUGGUGGCCAUCUUCGUGGCUGCUGUCGCCGCUGGGGGUGGAUUUGGAGGCGGAAAAGGAUUCGGAGGAGGCGGAUUUGUUGGUGGCAAAGGAUUCGGAGGAGGUGGAUUCGGUGGUGGCAAAGGAUUCGGAGGAGGCGGAUUCGUUGGUGGCAAAGGAUUCGGAGGAGGUGGAUUCGGUGGGGGCAAAGGAUUCGGAGGAGGUGGAUUCGGUGGUGGCAAAGGAUUCGGAGGAGGUGGAUUCGGAGGUGGCAAAGGAUUUGGAGGUGGUGGGUUUGGCGGUGGAAAAGGAUUCGGUGGAGGUGGAUUCGGCGGUGGCAAAGGAUUCGGAGGAGGUGGAUUCGGUGGUGGCAAAGGAUUCGGAGGAGGUGGAUUCGGAGGUGGCAAAGGAUUUGGAGGUGGUGGGUUUGGCGGUGGAAAAGGAUUCGGUGGAGGUGGAUUCGGCGGUGGCAAAGGAUUCGGAGGAGGCGGAUUUGGAGGUGGAUUUGGUGGUGGAAAGGGAUUUGGCGGCGGAUUCCAUCAUUAAUAACUUGCAGGAGAGACGGGCUGCUAAAGUCAUCGCGUGCAGCCGCGUCGACGCUACCGCAAGAUAUUUAUGAUCGACUUAAUAGAAAAAAGUCAUUAAAAAACAUCUAAGAACUAUAA